CUUCUUCCCCACCCUCUCUCCCUCUAGAUUCUCUAUCUUUCUCUCUCUAAACUUACAGGGUAACAGGUGGUGUUUGAUCCUCUGUCCCGUCACUUCCAUGAUUGCUUCCCUCUCUACCUUCAAAGUCAAGCAAGAAUCAUCCCAAAAACCCCCUCUCAAUUUCAUUCCCCAAGCUCACCCAACCCGAUAGUAACGGCGCACACUCAUCACACUCGUCACAUCACUCACUCCUCCAUCCCCAUGCCCGGCAGUAACGGCCUCCUCCCCAGCCCCUUCGGCGACCCGGGCCCGGACCUCUCCGACCCCGAGCUCCGGGAGACCGCCUACGAGAUCCUCGUCGCCGCAUGCCGCACCUCCAACUCCCGCCCUUUGACCUACAUCCCCUCGUCGGAGCGUGCCUCCUCCGGCACCGCCGUUGCCCCGGCUGCGGCCCCGUCCCUCCAGAGGUCCCUGACCUCGGCUGCCGCCAGCAAGGUGAAGAAGGCGCUGGGCCUGAAGCGGAGGGAGUCGAUGAGCCACAGGAGGGGCGCCGGCGAUGGGGGUCAGGUAAGGGUCAAGAGGCCCGUCACGGUGGGCGAGCUCGUUAGGGUUCAGAUGAGGGUCUCGGAGCAGACCGACUCCAGAGUCCGUCGGGCUCUAUUGAGAGUGGCUGCUGGUCAGCUUGGAAGACGCAUCGAGUCGAUGGUUCUUCCACUCGAGCUAUUACAGCAGUACAAGUCCUCUGACUUCCCCAGCCCGCAAGAGUAUGAAUUGUGGCAGAGGAGGCACCUGAAAGUUUUGGAAGCAGGAGUGCUACUCCACCCUCACCUGCCUCUAAGCAAGUCAGACAUUUCUGCCCAAAAGCUUCGAAAAAUAAUCCACGGGGCCAUAGAGACUGGAAUGAAUAAUGAGACUAUGAAUCUCCUCCGUAGCACGGUGAUUUCUCUUGCUUGUAGGUCCUUCAACGGGUCCACUGAGACCUGCCACUGGGCAGAUGGGUUUCCAUUCAAUCUCUGUCUCUAUAAAAUACUCCUAGAUUCAUGCUUUGACAUCAAUGAGGAAACCUCCAUAAUUGAGGAAGUCGAUGAAGUAUUGGAACUUGUGAAGAAAACCUGGGUGGUUCUAGGGAUGAACCAGGCCCUGCAUAACCUCUGCUUUGCCUGGGUUCUGUUCGAGCGGUAUAUUUCCACCGGUCAAGUCGAGAGCGACCUCUUUUUUGCUGCUUGUAAUCUGUUGGUGGAAAUCGAAACAGAUGCAAAAUCUACAAAGGAUCCUGACUACUCCAGGGUUUUGAGUUCCACUUUGAAUGUGAUACUGGGAUGGACGGAGAAGAGGCUCCUCUCAUACUAUGAUUCUUUUCACAGUGGUAAUAUUGAGGUUAUGCAGAGUGUUGUUUCUCUAGCAGUUUCAUCAGCGAAGAUACUUGCAGAGGAUGUUGAGUAUCGGUUGAAGAGGAAAGAGGGGGAUGUGGGUCAUGAUAGGGUGGAGACCUAUAUACGAUCCUCGCUGCGUGCAGUUUUUUCUCAGAAAAAAGAGAAGACACGGCGUGCCUUCAAGAGCCAGAAGAGCACAAUCCCCUUUCUCUCAGUCCUCGCCCAAGACAUCAGAGAGCUCGCUCUGAAUGAGAGAGACACCUUCAGCCCGAUUCUCAAAAGGUGGCACCCUCUUGCAGCAGGGGUAGCAGUGGCAACCCUCCAUUCCUGUUUUGGGAAUGAGCUGAAGCGUUUUGUCUCAAGCAUUGAUGAUUUGACUCCUGAUUCCAUGCAAGUCCUGAUUGCUGCCGAUAAGUUGGAGAAGGAUCUUGUGCAGAUAGCAGUGGAAGAUUCGGUGGAGAGUGAGGAUGGUGGCAAGUCUAUAAUACAGGAGAUGCCUCCAUACGAGACUGAGAAAGUGAUUAGUGAUCUUGUGACAGCAUGGAUAAAGACGAGAGUGGACAGGCUGAAGGAGUGGGUUAUCAGGAAUCUGCAGCAAGAGGUGUGGAGCCCGCAUGCCAAUAAAGAACGGUUUGCUCCUUCUGCGGUCGAAGUAUUAAGGAUCGUGGAUGAGACUUUGGAAGCAUUCUUCCUGUUGCCAAUUCCAAUGUACCAGACCUUGCUCCCUCAAUUGGUGAGCGGACUGGAUUUGUGCCUUCAGCAAUACAUAGCAAAAGCAAAAGCUGGCUGUGGGAACCGGGGCAAUUUCAUUCCUUCAAUGCCUGCUCUUACUCGAUGUACAGUAGGUUCGAAAUAUCACCGGCCCUCAAGAAAAAAGGAGAAGGAGAAACUUGCGCAAAGGAGAAAGUCCCAGGUGGGGUCCACGAAUGGGGAGAACUCGUCUGAGAUACCUCGGCUGUGUGUUCGAAUUAACACUCUGCAGUUCUUGCGCUCACAAUUGGAGGCCUUGACAAAGAAGACUAUAGCCCAUCUCAGGAAUGCAGAUCCCGGGCACGCAGACAUAGUCUUGAACGGAAAAGGUGUUAAGUUUGAGCUCUCUGGUGCAUCCUGCGUCGAGGGAAUCCAACAGCUUUGUGAGACAAUAGCAUACAAGGUUGUCUUUCAUGAUCUGAGUCAUUUUCUCUGGGAUGGAUUAUAUGUUGUUCCGGUCUCUUCUUCGAGGAUCGAACCUUUUCUUCAGGACCUCGAGCAGUACUUAGAGAUAAUUUCCUCGACUGUUCACGAUCGAGUUAGGACUCGAGUUAUCACUGAUGUGAUGAGGGCUUCCUUUGAUGGUUUCCUCUUCGUUCUGCUCGCCGGGGGCCCCACUCGCGCUUUCUAUCUGGAAGACUCCGAACUUAUUGAGGAAGACUUCAAGUUCCUUACCGACUUAUUUUGGUCCAAUGGUGAUGGGUUGCCAUCUGAUUUGAUAGAUAAGUUUUCCACCCAAGUAAGAAGCCUCCUUCCACUGUUCCGCACCGACACAGAAUCCCUAGUUGAGCGAUUGAGGGUUCUCACUCUGGAGAAUUGCGGGUCUUCUGCCAAAUCAAAGCUCCCGCUUCCUCCAACUUCAGGCCAGUGGAGCCCCGAUGAACCAAACACGCUCCUGAGAGUUCUCUGCUGUCGGAAUGACCAGGCAGCUACAAAGUUCCUGAAGAAAAACUAUAACUUGCCGAAGAAACUGUGAGGUACGGACAUUGAAAUUAGUUGGCGACAUGAUGAAGAGGUCCUGCAGCGUGAUAGCAAGGGCCUUUUGUGUCUACACAAUUUGAAUACAAGAUUGCUGGGAAGUCCGGAAAAUCUCCGGAAUGCCGAGAUGAAGAGCCAUAAGGGAAUCACUGAUUAUAGGAUAGAUACCAUAUUCUGCAUUCUAACAUACAUGGGCAUAAUGUGAGUCUUUGAGUGUAUUUCGUGUAUAGAAUAUAAUAGAAUAAUUUGUAGUUGUAGAAAAUUGGUUUGUGUACAACAUAAUUUAUUGAAGAAAACUAUAAAAGUGAUUUGAGUUUGCUUGCAUUA